GUAGAGAAAAAGCUGGCUGACUUGUCAGAGUUAUGCUAUACCAUCAUCAGACUGCCUGUGGUAUAUGGACCUGGGGACAGAACAGGCCUAAUGCCGAGACUGAUGGCUGCUGCCAUCUACAAGCACAUGGGAGAAACCAUGAAGCUUUUAUGGAAUGCUGAACUUAAAAUCAAUACUGUCCACGUAGAAGAUGUUUGCAGAGCCAUCUGGUUUGUAGGAAACAGGGACGAUACAAACGGACAGGUCUACAACGUUGUUGACGACGCAGAUUCCACUCAGGGCUCGAUCUCUAGCAUCUUAUCAGAGCUAUUCAACUUGAAAAUUGACUACUAUGGAAACUUAGUAUCAGCUGUGGUUGAUCUAGUGGGCGCAGCAGAUGAUGCUAAUGACAAACACUUGACUCCUUGGGCAGAGAGUUGCCGAAGAAACGGCAUCGAUAAUACCCCUCUGUCUCCUCACAUGGAUUCUGAGCUUCUCCUGCACAAGCAUCUGAGGUUAGACGGAGGAAAACUGAAGCAGUUGGGCUUUAGUUUAACAUUUCCAAAGCCUACUAUUGAUAGUUUGAGGUCUAUUUUGGAUGACUACGUUAGAAUGAAAAUCUUUCCUAGUUCCCUUGUUCCUUAAACAUGAAUUUUUGUGUUCUCGAUCAUUUCCAUAAUUUAAAUAUGCUUAUUUUCUUGUACAGGGUGUAGCAUGAAGUUUGGAAAUUUUGAAUCUUAAUGAGUACUGCAACAGGUUUGUUGAAAUUUCUAGUACUAGGCCACCUUAGUAUUUUGAGACUGAAGCCAAAGUAUUUGCAAAUCCGUGACCUUCUGUUUUUGAAAAAAAAUUAGUUAAUGGUCAGAAUCUUAAAAGACAUGAGUGACAAGUUGAGUCUUCGGAUAAUGAACAAAAAAUUACCCUCAGCGCUAUGUUGAAUGCAAUUAAAUUACCACGAAAAAUGAAAGAAAUGAAAAUACAACUGAAUCUGAUUUUUAAUUUCAUUAUUGAAAUUUACUUAAUCUAUUUUACCACUGGAAGUUUUUUAAAAUGACAGUGGUGUUGACUACAAUCAAAAUACAGUUAAAACUGAUACAGCAGUGAAAAAUUUCAUGAAACCCAAUUCAGUUUUCAAAGUUCACUCAUACUAUAUUACUAUAUUAUAUUAAAAGUACCCCCUAUGUGAUGUUGACUACAAUUAAAUUUCAACAAUCAAUAUUUUAUUUUCAGUAUGGUGGUAGAUACUGUUUAGUGAAAAUUUCACAAUAAAAUGAUACUUGUAUAAUUUUUAUUGCUUCCUUUGUUGCUAAAAACAUCGCCCCCUUAGUUGAUGUUGAAGUGAUCUUCAUCAAGUUUUUAACUUUGACUUCGUUCUAAAAUUUUAAUUCAAUUAUUAAUUAUUGCUUCUUUCGUUUCUGGAAAAAAAUAUUUUCACUUAGUGACUAGUAACCCCCUCAGUGCCAUUGAUUCAAUUAAAAUACAAUAAAUUAGAAUACAAUUAAAAUUGAUACAGCAAAAAAGUUCUGGGGGUGAAAUUUGAUACCUUUUUUAAUUUCAAUUAAAACUUGCUGUGAUGUUUCUUGCAUCGCCACAAAAACUAUACAAUAGACUCUAUUGAAUAGAGGAUAUUAAAUUAAAUAUUUUUCAUUGUUUCAAGUGUCAGUUUUCUAUAUCUUCCAUUGUUCAUUUGCUGUAUUGGACAAAAAUUAUUUGGCUAAGUGUAGUAACUAACAAAAUAAACUUCCUUUUAGUGAUUCAUUCAAAGUGGGCUGUAUUUUUUGUGACUCGUUUCAUAUAAGGAGUGUUAUUAACAUAAAACUUACUAUACCAUAAUCUUAUGUAUUUGAUGAGUACAGAACAAAAAUAGUGUCAAAUAAUUUGAAAUAGAAACAAAGAGAUGCAAUAUUUAUGAUUGUUUAAUGCUAUUAUCGCAGUUUUUUUGUUCUUGAAAUCAAAUCACAGGUGCCAGGCAAAACUACCUGAAAUGUUUUAGAGUUACGCCAGACGUGUUCUGAAUUGUUACUGUAACAAAAAUUCCUUUGGGACCGUGCAUGUUCGAAUAUAUUGUACACAUAAUGCAUUACAUACAAAAGUACUUACAUUGUAAAACCAGAACAUUCAGAGUUACUUUCUCCCACAUGGCCAUACAAAAAUGAUCACAAUUGUAACAGUUACUUCAUAGAAAAUAGUCAUUAUUGCCAUUAACCAAUCAAAACUGGAAUUUUCAUUCCAAAAAUGAAAAUUGACCUUGAUAAAUACUGGUAAAAUUGAAAAAGGUGCAGUAUUUCAGAAGAUGCUCAUAAUAUAUGAAAAAUAUUUUAAAAGAUUCCAAUUGGAAAAAGUACUCCAUACUGUUUUAAUGAUGAAAACAAUUCAUUUCUUUUCAUACUUUCAUCGAAAGAAUGGGUACUUUAUUAUAUUCUUAGUUAAUAUUUAUGCAUUUCAGAUGCCAAAAAUGUCAGUACUGCACAAAAGAUAUUCAGUGUGAUUAAUGAGUACUGUUUUGAAAUGAUAUAAGCAUAAGAGGCUCCAAAAAUGAAUUCUUCUGAUCUUCUGGUAUAAGGUUUGAAAACAAUAUUGGCCAAAAAGCAAAGUGAACCAAUUUUCUAUAAUCAUAUCAUAUCAUAUAAUCAAUUCUAUAAUCAUAGUCAAAAUUGUGACUAAUGAUAAAAGUAGUUGAAUAUUGCAUAUCAAUAUUGGUCAAAGUACCAAGUAGUGUUGGAAAAGUGCUGAAAUCAAAAUGCUAAUGAAGGUGGUUAUAAUAAAUACUUCUGAAUUGUACAUGUACAUAAAUUGAUCUUCACUUGAUGGUGGUAAUACUUGAAGUUCAGAAACCUCAGUACUUAUUGGAAUCUCAAAACGAUAUGCAUAGACUUAAGCUACACCCUGCUUGUUAGAGAGUUAACUGUUUGAAAAAUGUCGAUAUAUUUUGUAUAUUUUUUUGGAAAAUCAUGCGACUCUGUGAUAUCUCUUCUUUCUAAUUUGUAUACACAGGGUGAAUAUAUUUUGAGGUAGGCGUUAAGUUUGAUAAAAUCUAUGAUCGAGCUGAAAGUAACAUAAGUACAGUUAACUUUUUGAGGACUAUUCUGUAAUUUCGAGUUAUUCUAAUAAGAACCAGUGACAAUCAGAAAAAGAACAGAAUUCGAUAUAAAUAUAAACAAUCUCGAAAUGGUACUACUAGUAUAAUUGAAAUUGCUUUCUACAGUCUUAAGUAUCGUUUAUUUAAAUAUUGAUUGCAUUUAUGAAGCUUAUUUUAAUUAUGUUAGGAUAAUUACUUUUUAUUGAAGUAUUUUGCGCUCAGUCUAUAUACUUUUUUAUUUAUAAUUCUGUUCUACUGUUUCUACAUUUAGAAAACCUUUUUUCUAUUCUUGUCGAAAGUGACAUUCCACUUUAUUUUUGUGAUUUGAGUGUAGGUACUUAUCGAACUGAAAAUGUCAAUUUGCAAAAAAAAUUGCUCAAUUUAGUUUAUCAUUAUUCUUGUAUUGUUAAUCAACCUCUACUGUUGAACUCUACUGUUAAACUAUUAUAACUAUAUUGAAUA